AUGGCGAUGCAAGAACCCUUCCGACUCGGUCUCAUCGCUGACAUACAGUACGCAGAUUGCGAAGAUGGCACUGACUUUUCAGGCUGUGAGCAGCGGCAUUUCCGCAACUCUCUGAAUAUUGCGCGGAAUGCCGUCGAGUGCUGGAAUGCCGUCGGCGUGGAUGCAGUGGUGCAGCUGGGCGAUGUCAUCGAUGGCUGCAACGCAACGAUGAAUGCUAGCGAAACGGCCCUUGCUGCAGUGCUCAAUGUACUAUCAAGGAGCCCAGCACAGCGAUUUGAUCUCAUCGGCAACCAUGAGCUCUACAACGUGAAGCGGGACUCCAUGACUGCCUCGGGUCUGCGCUGUUUCGGCCCGGACGGAUUGACGUACUACUCGGCGCAUCUUGGUGACCGCUGGGAAGCCAUCUUUCUUGAUCCCUACGAGAUUGCGCUCAUCGGGCUAUCGCAAGAUGACUCGGGCUUUCUCGAGGCGGCAGAGAUGAUGCGCCAGCACAAUCCGAAUGUCCUCACCGGUACGAAGGACUGGUUCAAAGGCUUGCCAACUUCAAAACAUCGCUUCGUCCCCUACAAUGGUGGAAUUUCACCGCAGCAGCUGUCUUGGCUGGAGACCGCGCUUCAGAACGCUGAGGCAGAGGCCAGGAAGGCCCUCAUUUUCCUUCACGUGCCCUUGUUCGAACCGGCCACGAAAGCCAAGACGGUCGUCUGGAAUUCCGAGGAAGUCUUGCAAGUUCUUCACUCGCACAGCGACACGGUGGUCGCGGUUUUUGCUGGCCACGAUCACAAUGGAGGCGCGCUAAGGAAAAAGAAGGCUGCGAACCCCCCAACUGCCCUGGACUCUCAAGCCCAAAGCCUUACCUGUCAUAGUAAUAAGCUUUGCCAUGUCCUGGGAUGCGACUGCGAGACUGCUGUAAGUAGGCUCUGUCUGGGCGUUGCAGGCCCUAUAGGUGGAAGUACUUUGUCUACAGUACCAUUUGAGCAGGAGGGGGUCAUCCUGUACUUGUUGCUGUCCUGA